GCUUUUAUUUUGUCGUGCAGACCGGAAAGGGGGAAGCUGUUUUUGCCAAUAGCGGAAGUUCAGGUUUCUGCUGCUGUUGUCCUUCUCUUAACGUGAAAGCCAGGCUUGAUAAGAUUUCUUGCUGAUUAGGGCGGACAGUGAAACCAUGUGGAAGUCACAUGAACGACGGCGAUGAGCCAUAAAACAAGAGGGCAGCUAGACAAGCCAGCAGCUGCACCUCCUGCCGGAACAGCCUGCUAGUUUCUCUGCUCCUAAAUUUCAGAACUACUUUCAUUGGAUUUUUGAUUUAAAAUGAACAACAGCACACAGCCUCCUCCCAUCAUAGAUGGCGGUGGCACAGUCAGCUAUGUGCUGGUUCCAUUCCUACUGAUAACCCUAGCUGGGAUUGUUGCAGCUGUGAUUCUGUAUAUUCGCAGGAAAAGAAGAAUCGACAGACUUCGACAUCAGCUGCUACCAGUUUACACAUACGAUCCCGCAGAAGAGCUCAAUGAAGCAGAGCAGGAUAUUUUAUGGAGAGAAGAAGACACAAGGGUCAUCCAAGGAUGGGCUAAAAGCUAUCAGCAGAGGCGCCCUCUUCUGACCAAAGAUGUUACUGCAUGACCACAGUGAUGGUGCAGGAUGUGGUGGAGACCAUGCUCCUGUUUGCUGAUUAUCUCAUUUUAAUAUAACAAUGAGCCUUGUUUUGUUUUGUUUGUUUUUGUGUACAGACUGUUUAUUUUUCAAAUUCAUAAUUGCAUUUUACCUAUUUAUUUGUAAGUAUUUAUACACAAACAGCCGAGCUGUGGAACUCAGAAGGAUGCAGUCUACUGUACGUUCAGCUCGUUGUUUGCUUACGUAAUGUGGGCAACAGGCGGCAAAGCAGCUUUGUUUUUUGUGGUUUGCAGUCGGCAUCGGUACAGAUUGGAACGCCAUGUCCUGCGUUUACUGUGGUAAGACUUCAUGUGUCGUGCACUAGUUAAGGCAGUACUGCUGUUUGGGUCACGCAAUGUUUGUUUUCUAAAAAAACAAUCAAAAUCUUGGAGCCAAAGUGACACCAUCAUCAUUCAACUCGGUUCAUUUCACUUUCGUUUCUGGUCGGCGUCUUCGAUGCUUGUAGAGCAAGCUCGCCCUGACUUGGGUUGCAUUUUUUUUUUUUACUGAAUCCUGAGUCUUGACAAUGGUAUGACCCGCCAGACUUUUUGAAGUGACGCAUUUCCUCUCAUCCUUUAAAAUCCGUGUGAGUAGUGCCCAAAAAAAUGUCCCGCCCACGAGGCCCGGCACCAGCAGAUUCUACCUCUGGCUAAGGAUCUGUUGAGGUGAAUGCCAUAGUUCUGACUACCACUCAGGAAAAAUUCCCCCUUUCUCGCCGUCAGUUUGAAGCUUUAUUCGCCUUGUUUUUGUUGAAUGUAACAGUUAAGCUUGUAAUUGCACAAACAGGUUUAUUUGGGCAUGACACGCAAGGGUGUUUUUUUUUUUAAUAACCUUCAUCCUCUACAAGUCUGGACAUGAGAACUUUAGUCAUGAGGAUAUCAAGAAAAAAAACUCCAUGUAAUGUCAUUUUAAGGUUUUUCCAAUGCAUUGGACUGUUUAAAUGCAAUCUGUCACAUCUGUACUCAUUUGCUUAAUAUAAAGACUAAAGAGCAAAGUGACAAAGAAAAUUCUCUUUAUUGACCUUUUUCUGAUACAAAUUGUAGGGCACCAUAGAAAUAUAGACAUUGUACAUUUAUAUAUGUGUACAUUAAAAAGAAUGACCCAUCCUAUUGAGUUUACAGUAUAUAAAUCAAAGGAUGCAUGAUGUUGCCAUGUAAAAAAAAACAAAAAAACCUUUAGUAGUUGGAUGAAAGACACAGCGACUGGAUUACAAGUUUUUUUUGUUUGUUUUUUUUUUGGGGGGGGGGGGGGGUGUGUCAAAGACAAAUGGUGGCCUACAGAAAACAGUGGAGAGCACCCAGUCUACACACACGGAAAAAAACAUUUGUCCAUGAAUUUUUUUUGAACAUUUCAGUGCACCAGAAUAAUUUUUUAAAAGAUAAAAACACACCAGCUAAUCUACCACAGUCAGCGAACACAGACGUCAAGCUGACAGGUCUCCCUGACUUGCUUCACACACACGCACACACCAAAAAAAAAAAAAAA